GUGUGUGAGUGUGUGUGAGUGAGAGAGAGUGAGAGAGAGAUCCAACACCCUAAACUUCUAGGAAGAAAAAGUAAAGUGAAGACACCGGGAGUUUUCGGUUGUGCACGAGGACACAUCAUCUCACCAUGCCGGUGUUCCACACCAAGACCAUCGAGAGCAUCCUGGAGCCCGUGGCCCAGCAGAUCUCUCACCUGGUCAUCAUGCACGAGGAGGGCGAGGUGGACGGGAAGGCGAUCCCGGAUCUGUGCGCUCCGGUGGCGGCGGUGCAGGCUGCAGUCAGUAACCUGGUCCGGGUGGGGAAGGACACGGUGCAGACUACAGAGGAUGCCAUCAUGAAGAGAGACAUGCCUCCUGCCUUCAUAAAGGUGGAGAACGCGUGCACUAAGCUGGUCCAGGCGGCUCAGAUGCUGAAGGCUGACCCGUACUCCGUCCCGGCGCGAGAUUAUCUCAUCGAUGGCUCACGCGGUAUUUUAUCAGGAACCUCUGACCUGCUGCUCACCUUCGACGAGGCUGAGGUGCGUAAAAUCAUCCGCGUGUGUAAAGGCAUUCUGGAGUAUCUGACCGUUGCUGAGGUGGUGGAGAGCAUGGAGGAUCUGAUCACCUACACCAAGAACCUGGGACCAGGUAUGACCAAGAUGGCCAAGAUGAUUGACGAGAGGCAGCAGGAGCUGACCCAUCAGGAGCACCGUGUCAUGCUCGUUAACUCCAUGAACACGGUGAAGGAGCUGCUGCCUGUCCUCAUCUCAGGAAUAAAGAUCUUUGUGACCACGAAGACGGCUCAGAGUGCAGGUAUAGAUGAAGCUGUGAAGAACAGGAACUUCACUGUGGAGAAGAUGAGUGCAGAGAUCAACGAGAUCAUCCGAGUGCUCCAGCUCACAUCCUGGGACGAAGACGCCUGGGCCAGCAAGGACACAGAGACCAUGAAGAGAGCUCUGGCGCUCAUUGACUCCAAAAUGGCUCAGGCAAAGAACUGGCUGAAGGAUCCUAAUGCACAGCCUGGUGAUGCUGGGGAACAGGCAGUGAGGCAGAUCCUGGAUGAAGCAGGGAAGGUGGGUGAACUGUGUGUGGGAAAUGAGAGGAAAGAGAUUCUGGACACAGCUAAAACCCUCGGACACUUGACUGACCAGGUUGCAGAUCUGCGUUCCAGAGGUUCUGGUACCAGCCCUGUGGCCAUUCAGAAAGCACAGCAGGUUGCUCAGGGGCUGGACUUGUUGUCUGGGAAAGUAGCGAAUGCGGCAGAUAAACUGGAGGCCAUGACCAACGCCAAACACACACUCGCUAAGAAAGCAGAGGCAGCACAGGCCUGGCUAGCUGACCCCGCCUCCGGUCCUGAGGGGGAGGAGCAUGUGAAGGCCGUUCUGUCCGAAGCUCAGAACAUCGCAGCUCUGUGUGAGGAUCCUCGUGAAUAUGACGACAUCCUGCGCAAUGUCAACGAGAUCGCCGCUCUGACCGGGAAACUCUCCCAGCUCCGCAAAGCGGGUAAAGGUAAUACCCCUGAGGCCCGUGCCCUGGCCAAGCAGAUCGCCACAGCUCUACAGAACCUGCAGUCUAAGACGAACCGCGCGGUGGCUAACACUCGUCCAGCUAAAGCGGCGGUUCACCUGGAGGGUAAGAUGGAGCAGGCGCAGCGCUGGAUCGAUAACCCCACCCUGGAGGAUGGAGGAGUGGGUCAGGCCGCCAUCCGUGGGCUGGUUGCCGAGGGGCGUCGCCUUGCUAACGUCCUACCUGGCUCUCAGAGGGCGGAGCUUAUGGGAAAGUGUGAGCAGGUGGAGCAGCUGAUGGGUCAACUGGCUGAACUGAGUGCUCGUGGUCAAGCGGACAGUCCACAAGCACAGGCUCUGGCUCAGCAGCUCCAACAUGCACUUAAAGAUCUUAAAGGUAAAAUGCAGGAGGCCAUGACACAGGAAGUGUCUGAUAUCUUCAGCGACACGACCACUCCAAUCAAACUGCUGGCUGUAGCUGCUACUGCUCCACCAGGCACUCCUAACAGAGAGGAGGUGUUUGAGGAGCGAGCUGCAGGGUUCGAGAGCCACGCAGCGAGACUCGGGGCCACAGCGGAGAAGGCCGCCGCAGUGGGAACAGCCAAUCGCAGCACAGUGGAGGGAAUCCAUGCUGCUGUUAAAUCUGCCAGAGAUCUCACUCCUCAGGUGGUGUCUGCUGCUCGCAUCCUGCUGAAGAACCCCGGGAACCAGGCUGCACACGAGCACUUUGAGACCAUGAAGAACCAGUGGAUCGACAACGUGGAGAAAAUGACCACUCUGGUGGAUGAAGCGAUAGACACUAAGUCUCUGCUGGACGCCUCAGAGGAGGCCAUUAAGCAUGACCUGGAGAAGUGUCAUGUGGCCAUGACCAAUCACCAGCCUCAGAUGCUGGUUGCCGGGGCGACAAGCAUAGCGCGCAGGGCCAACCGCAUCGUGCUGGUGGCCAAACGGGAAGUGGAGAACUCUGAGGAGCCCAAGUUCAGAGAAACACUGAGGGAGGCGGCUAACGAGCUCAGUGCUUCUAUAUCACCCAUGGUCAUGGGGGCAAAGGGUGUGGCUAAUAACAUACAGGACCCGACCCUACAGAAAGGCUUUAUGGACUCAGGUUACAGGAUUUUAGCUUCAGUAGCUAAAGUUCGUGAAGCAUUCCAGCCUCAGGAGCCUGAUUUUCCUCCUCCUCCUCCUCCAGACCUCCAGCAGCUCAGUAUUAACGAUGAGGGUGCCCCCCCAAAGCCACCCCUGCCUGAGGGUGAAGUCCCGCCCCCACGGCCACCACCCCCUGAGGAGAAAGACGAGGAGUUUCCUGAGCAGAGAGCCGGAGAGAUGGUCAGCGAACCCAUGAUGGUGGCUGCAAGACAGCUUCACGAUGAGGCUCGCAAGUGGUCCAGCAAGGGUAAUGACAUCAUCGGUGCGGCGAAGCGUAUGGCUCUGCUGAUGGCGGAAAUGUCUCGGUUGGUACGAGGAGGAAGUGGGAACAAGCGCGCUCUCAUCCAGUGUGCUAAAGACAUCGCCAAGGCUUCAGACGAGGUGACCAGACUGGCCAAGGAGGUGGCUAAGCAGUGUACAGAUAAACGCAUCCGAACCAACCUGCUGCAGGUGUGUGAGCGUAUCCCCACCAUCAGCACUCAGCUGAAGAUUCUCUCCACAGUGAAGGCCACCAUGUUGGGACGUACCAACAUCAGUGAGGAGGAGUCUGAGCAGGCGACAGAGAUGUUGGUCCAUAAUGCUCAGAAUCUGAUGCAGUCGGUGAAGGAGACGGUCCGCGAGGCCGAGGCUGCGUCCAUCAAGAUCCGCACGGACGCCGGCUUCACGCUACGCUGGGUCCGCAAGACCCCCUGGUACCAGUGAGGAGGGGGAAACACACACACACACACACACUCAGCCCCCCUCAGGUCCACCCCCCCAUGAGCGAUGCUUCCUCUUCCUUUUCUAUCAUCUGUAAUAAACGUGUCUUUUUCUCGGUGAGAUCUCGACUGAAUGUUUUUAUAUUUAAAUCUUUUCCUGUUUUUCUCCUCUGUGUUACGGAGCUGUCAGGACACCCAACUGAUCAUGUUUAUGUUUUUGUUUAUGAUAUUCUCUCAGUAUUGAAUUUUUUAUGCACUACAUUUAUUCACAGCUUUUAUUCUCUCUCUCUCUCUCUCUCUCUCUCUAUCUCUUUUUCUUUCUUUCUUUUUUUUUUUUUUUUACUUUUUUAAAGUAUUUUAUUCCAAAUUAAAAUCAUUUCAAAGAUAAAAAACUCAUUUUGAAGAUUCCAAGGGGAAAAAACAUCCGUUAUAUUUUUAUUUUCCGACCGCUGUGCGAAUCUCAUUCAUUUUUGUUUUUUCAUUUCUGUUUACAUUUGUUUCUGGCCCUGAUCUUAGCUCCACCCCCUGCUGGAAUGAGGCUGCUUGGCUCCGCCCACAUUUCCUUAAAUCAUUACAGUCUCUGUAGUUUUAAACGGGGUUUUAAGAAAUUCUUGUUGUUGUUUUUUUGUUUUUUUUUUUUACUUGUGAUGCUGUAGGAUGAUUAAUAUACUACAGAAUUUUUUUUUUUAAAAAAGCACACAAUAUUCUAAAAAUCUGAAUAGAAAUUUACAUUUUUGUAAUUAAAAUAACUUCGUGUCCCAAAAUGCAUACUACUCAUUUACUGUAAUUAUGGUAAGUGUGUGUGUGUGUGUGUGUGUGUGUAGUUCUGAUACUGUUCAGUGGGUCAGUACAUGUUAUUUGGGACACAGCCCCUUUUCUUUAUUAGCUAAAUAAUUAAAAGUAUUAAAUAUAUUUCUGAUCGAAAACCUUCACAAAAUGCCAUUUUCUGAGUUUUAUUUAGAUACAGUUUUUAAAUUCCUUAAAAUUCUGUUCUUUUUUUAAACUAAACUCCAAUGAGCCUCUGGUGCUUUAAUAGUGUAUUUAACACACACACACACACACACUGAGCUGAACACACUAAUGAACACACACUCACAUGUAUGAGUGUUUAUAAAGAGUCUAUGCAUUUAUUCUGUAUGUUGAUGAUGAUGAUGAUGAUGAGUGUGAAUGUAAAUAAGAUGUGUGUGAUGUACCGCUCGCUCACGUGCCUUAUAUUAAACCAACACACCAACUUC